UGUUAUUUUUUUUAUGCCAAGGACAAUUUGUGACUUAUGAUUCAUUCUCUCUAGUUUGCAGACAGCACACAGGGAUGAGCAGUCGUCUGACAGGGAGUGUUAAACUGUAGAUGCUUGUAACCGUUUAUUAAACACAGUUCGGGCUCCUUCGAUUACCCAGAAUGCCCUGCUUGUUGCCGUCUGGCGAAGGAGUGACUGUGUAGAAAAGAAUCAGUUAGCUACUUUUGACACCCAUUAGGUUGUCGUUACUAUGCAUUUGUCUUGUAUGAAAUAAGAAAAAAGAGGGAAAGAAAAUAUCUGGGAAAGGCGAAAUCUGUUGUCGUCUAUACACCAAGCGAUGCCUCUCUUCACGACCAACCCCUUUGACCAAGAUGUUGAGAAAGCAACCAGUGAGAUGAACACUGCUGAGGACUGGGGCCUCAUUCUGGACAUAUGUGACAAGAUAGGGCAGUCACGCACUGGGCCCAAAGAAUGCCUCCGCUCUAUAAUGAGAAGAGUGAAUCAUAAGGACCCUCACGUAGCCAUGCAGGCACUGACUCUUCUCGGUGCCUGUGUCUCAAACUGUGGGAAAAUUUUCCACUUGGAGGUGUGCUCCAGAGAGUUUGCCAGUGAAGUCAGUAAUGUCUUAAACAAGGGCCACCCCAAAGUCUGCGAGAAGCUGAAGGCCCUGAUGGUGGAGUGGGCGGAAGACUUCCGCAAUGAUCCCCAGCUCAGUCUGAUCUCAGCAAUGAUCAAGAAUUUACGGGAACAGGGUGUCACGUUCCCUGCUGUGGGCUCCCAGGCUGCUGAGCAAGCAAAAGCAAGCCCAGCUUUAGUGGCAAAGGAUCCCUCCACAUCAACAAACAAAAAAGAAGAGGAGGAUUUGGCCAAAGCUAUCGAGUUGUCUCUGAAGGAGCAGCGUCAGCAACCGCAGACCUCAAUGUCGAGUCUUUACCCAAACACCUCCACCCUGCUCUCCUCACACAAGUCUGACGGCAGAAAAGUCCGUGCCAUCUACGAUUUUGAGGCUGCAGAGGACAAUGAGCUCACCUUUAAGUCGGGAGAAAUCAUCACUAUCCUGGACGAUAGUGACCCAAACUGGUGGAAAGGGGAAACAUAUCAGGGGGUGGGGCUGUUUCCCUCCAACUUUGUCACUGCUGAUCUCACUGCAGAGCCUGAGAUGAUGAAGACGGAGAAAAAGACAGUACAGUUCAGUGAGGACAUUCAGGUAGAGACCAUAGAGCCCGAACAGGAACCAGUGUACAUAGACGAGGAUAAAAUGGACCAGCUACUGCAAAUGAUUCAAAGUGCGGAUCCAACAGACAACCAGUCUGACAGCGUUGAAUUAUUACAGCUUGAAGGUGCCUGCAAUCAAAUGGGGCCCCUCAUUGAUCAGAAGUUGGAGGAUAUUGACAGGAAGCACUCGGAGCUGUCAGAGCUGAACGUGAAGGUGAUGGAAGCGCUGUCUUUAUAUGCCAAGCUGAUGAAUGAAGAUCCCGUCUAUGCCAUGUAUGCCAAGCUGCAGAGCCAACAGUAUUACAUGCAGCAGCCUGCCAGCGCGGCACAGCAGGUCUACCCUGGUCAGCCUGCAUCAGGUUCAUAUGCCAUGAGCAGCGCUGGGGUGCAAGGCUAUACCGUUCCUAUGGAGCAACUUCCUCCUGGAACUCCCAUUCCUGGUCAACCAGCUCCCAGUGACAUUCAUAUGUACAUGGGCCAGCCGCCAGUGUACACUGCAGCUCCAGGCGGCAUGGCUCCAGCAGAUGUUCAGUCCUACCAGAAUCCAGCCAGCAACCCUGGCCCAGCACCAUGCACGACUCCCGCAGGCAUGACACAGACAGCAAACUACAGCGCUGCCUCUGCCGCGAGCAUAGCACCCUCCACAGAUGUCCCACAGGUCCCCUUCUCAGAGAAAGCAUUGUUAUAGGGCCCCAGGAGCUCACUGAUAUCCUCACAGGCACACAUACACUCUCACAUACAGACACACACACACUCACAAAAACACCAGACCUGAUCAAAUAGUUAUAGUUGAAAAUGUGUUUUUAUUGCAUAAGUUGACACCAGAUCAAUUAAAACAUAAUUUAAACUGAGUAAACUAACAUUGGCACAUUUUCUGUUGUAUUCAGCUGAUUUACAGUCAAAGCUGCAGUGCAGAACUUUAAUUUCCUCCCUCUGGCAGUCAGAGUAAUUAAACAAAAAUAUUAUUUGAUUUUCAUGGGAAGCGUUAACCAGAUAUUUGAAGAUUCAUGCUGCUGUCAAACGACUGUGCUUAGGUCUAGCAGACGUUUGACAUACUACUUUUAUAUGGCGGAGUUUACACUGGACUUCCAUUUAUUUUUUGAAGGAGUUGGAGAGUGUUCAUUAUUGUUGGCUUUCCAUGUUUCUCUUGUUUAUACAGUAGCAUAAAAUCUCACAAUGCCACACGCUCUACAAGCCCGAUGCCAACUAGAUACGAGUCUUUAUUCUUCUAUUUUUGUUUGAUUUUGUUGGUUAUGUAAUUUUUGGCUUGCAAACAGUUUCUAGGUGCAGUCCCAUCAUCUUCUGGUGGUAGUACACUACAUCCUACCAGGUGCUAGUAAAAUAAGGGAACAAUGUAUUUUAGGAAAAAAAAAUAGUUGGAUAAACUUUCUUUUCUUUUUAAACAACUAUUCAGACAGCUAGAAAGAUCACAUCUUUCUUUUUUAGAUCUUAGUCUCUCAUCUGACUGGUGAACUCUUUUCUUUUUUUAAUGCAGAGUAUUCAAAAAAUUAGAAACGUAAAUCUAGUAAAGAUUCAGUUUCUAUCUGCCAUACGUCUAGCCCAACUCCGACUCCACGGCUCGUAAAGUUUAGCUCUGGCUAUUUCGCCACACGUCUCACAUUUCAAACUUCAAUAAACUGCAAAGUUUAGAGAGUUUUAUCAGGUGCUAAUAGCCUCGACUAUAGCAGACAUUCAUUUUUAUGCAAAAGUCCCACACUCCAGCUUUAAAUACACAGUUCUGCUUCUGUUACCAGUGAAGAAGUGAUCAUGGGGAUUUAUUUAAAGAGCUCACACUACACUGAGUCACAAAGUGGGCACUGUUUUUUUUUUUUAUUAUUAUUAUUAUUAUUUUUUUAUUUUUUUUUUUCCCCACAUUUUCACAGAUAUCCUGUCUUUAGCCGACGCAGAUAUAAAAGGAUGGAGCGGCUUUCAGUUUCCAUCUCACUUCAAAUCUAGAUUUGAUAGAAAUACAUACAUUCUAAUUUUUUCUUGUCACGUGCAAAACCAUUAUGGGAUUGAUUGCUUUGUAUUUAAGACUAUUGAUCAAUUGUGGCCACACUGGGUUACAAAACAAUUUUUUUCCCAAUUAUUUCCUAGAAGAAAAGCUGAAAAUUUGGUGCUAAAAAGUUGUUUUUAGUUCACACGGAGUUAAAUUUGCAUGCAGAAAAGGGUUGUUUUUCAGCAAAGCAAAUACUCUUUAGCCAUUAAAUAUUAGAUUCUCUCUUCCAAUAUUUAAUGCUGAAGCUCGACUUCAGCAUAUGCCAUUACAUUUUUGGUUUUUUUCUGCAUCAUACAAAUAUUUGAAUUAUUACUAAAUUUAAUAGUUCUUACACAACAACUUAAAAAUAAUAAUAAGAAAUGUCAUUUUCCCACUUCUAGUUAGCAAUUUAAAAAAAUGCAAUUACUAUUUGAUCAAGUGUGAAAUAUAUACAGACACACACAGCUUCACACUACCCUCAGUACACACACUGAGGCUGCACACACACGAUGCACACUACAGGCUGGCAUACAGCAGUGAAUGCACAUACAGACACAGCUGCACUACUUGGUUCACGUAUCCUGUAGUAGUGCGUGAUCAUUUUCCUUCAUUCACACACUAACAUAGAAAUAAAAUGACAAUGUCCCACAGCUUUCUCACCCACUUAAACAAACUGUAGUUCUAAUCAUGUCUCAGAAAGGGGUGUCAACUUUUUUCUUCUUCUCCUCCUUCUUCUUUUUUUUAAUUAAAGGACUUUUAGGUCUGCUGAAAACAUCAGGAUACUCUUACAUUCUGUAUAUGUUGUCAAGUUUUAGAAGUACUGAAAACUGAAGCCACUUUGUUUUUGGAGAGAAAAGACCGUAGAGGAACUGAAGCAUGCACAUAACUCUUGUAUAUACUGUACUGAACUAGUAGUGAAGCCACAUGAUGACCUCAUGGGUGGGGCCGUAUGCUAGCACAGCUCCGGCUGUUUCUCUCAGCCUUAAAGGCGAACUCUGCAGUCGGGAUUUUCCAGAUGUGUUGAAAGGUGUCGAGCCAAAGAGAACAAAGUGGUUGCAGAAAAAAAGUGUCUGAAAACAAAAUGGUAUUUUUCUUUAUUUCUAUUCUUUUUGCAUUCUUUUUUUUCCCCUCAAAAAAAAAGACUGACUGCUUAAUUCAUGCUGCAGAGUUUUCCUUUUAAAAUCAGGCGGUUACGCAUCUUUCUUGAUGGCUUUGCUUUGUACCCAUCAGGGGCUGUGUUAGCAAACCCGCACCACAGACUUGGCUACUAAGUGGGAGAGCCCCAGUGCCUCCCCAGUGUCUUUAAAGCAUCUCUUUAGUCAGUGUUGGAAAAAUGCUUUUUUUUUUUUCUUUUUGUAGUACGUUUUAAUUUAUGUUUUGAUUAUUGUUAAGAUAUUUUAAAUGGAGAAGCAGUGAAGGAUGUAUGUAUUCAGAGAAUAGAUCAGGAUAUGUAAUAUUCUGUCUAACUUAGUUGUAUAUUUAAUUGCUGACACAAGAACAUGGACAUUUCUCUCUGUGUUUGAUACAUGCUUGAUGUACUGUAGGCUCAAAUGAUAAUGUAAAAGCUGACUGAACCCCUCCAUGCUUUUCAAACCUGUCCGUUAACACUAAUACAGAUUCUACCUGAAGGUGUCUCUGAUUCUGAAUAUUCAGAGUCAGGAUUUGUAAACGGCUCUUUACCAAAGUCUCCCUAAGCUAAACAGUUAGCGCCAUGUAAGUCAUUCAAGAUCAAAUGUACAGGUCUGCUCCUCAUAUCCUACCGUAUUCACCUUAUUCUUCAUAUUUAUCUAAUUUAUAUUGCUUCUACUCAGACAAAGCCUUUGGGAAAGAGUUCAUGUUUACAAAAACUGACUGGACUAUAAAAUAAGAAACUAAUUUAUCUGUUGUAUUUGACAUUGAAUGAUGUUACAUGAAGGAAUUAUUAAGAAUUGUUCAAUUUCUGGUCAAAUUAGUGUGUUGAUCUAACAAAUUGGUGUCGUUUAAGGAGGUACUAUGUUUCAAACUUCUUGACACUACUGUGAGAUUGCAAACUGACUCGUGUUUUAAGCUCUGUACCUCCAGUUCCUUAAUUGAGUGCUAGAAAGAUGAGGAAUAUUUUUUUUGUUUCUUUGUUUUGUUGCCUUCAACUAAAACCAGGAGCAAAAUGGAAAA